CAUUUUCGCGUCAUGCUAACGUACGAUGUAGGCUUCUACUUUAUUUCUGUAGUAAAAGUAGAUAGACACACGCUCUGUGAGGAUUUAGUUUUAAAGUUAAACAUAUAGACCUAAAUAAAAACAGAAUGUGACAAGCAUCUAUGGAAAGUACUAACUUCACAAGUGAACAAUUGCCGUUGUCCCCUCUUGAACUAUCGGCAAAAGUACGUCAGGACCAAGGUCUUCAUGAGGCAGAUGUCAGCUGUGGAGACGAAGCUGACUUAAGAUCUAUAUUUAGAACCUGCACCAAAAACCCAGAGCAUAUCGGCUUCAUCCCCGUGCAUCAAUUCGAGGCAUGUCACCUUCCGCUUCUGUACAGGGACCUGAACUUCGUCAGCUAUGUGCGGGCCAUGGCGGGCUUCGCCGUCAGAGUUCUCGUUCGCUGCAUCAGCACAAAACGACCCAAGGAGUACCCGGGAACGGAUAACCCUUACCCUUUUUACCAUUACAAGGGGGCUCAUUUUUUGCGCGUAGGAAGCGGAUGGGUGGAUGGAGCUGGGAUGACAUUUUUACCAGAAAACAACAGGAGGUGUCCUUGCCGGAAGUGCGCUGCUUCGGAGAAGCCGUCGUACACGUGGUGUCAGUUCUGGGUGCACACGGCACUACAUGUUGUGUACAACAGAGAAGAAGCUCAACACACACAGUGUGAGUUGUUUUAUGACAGCGAGACGUCACGUGACCUCGUUUCAGUUCUGGACGGAGUGGACACAGUCGGCAGCUGCCUGGAGGACACCUGCUCCAUCCUGUGUGUCACGCAUGACAUACAGGUGGUGGGCAAGCUCAACUUAAUGUGGGCAGAGCUGCACCAGCUCCAAGAGAGUAUGUCUAAGUCUCUGACGCGCUCAGACGAGAUGGGAAGACUCUCCAUCAUCGUCUCCCACCCCCACGGCUCCAGUAAGCGAAUCUCUGUAGGGGAGUGGACACACAGACAGAGCCACGGAGACGACUGGACACAGUACUACUACACCACCAAUACAUGCUCUGGUUCCAGUGGGGCCCCUGUAUAUCUCUUGGGCAAAGAAAGGGGGCUGCAGCUUGUCACAAACCAUCCUCACAGUGCCAGAUGUGAAGACAUAUCACUAAACACGAGUGGAAUUUGGUGGGAAUAGGCGUAACGAUUCUGCUAAGCUACGCCCAUGUCAGCUCUUAGCCUGCACCUUUUUAGUUGUUAACCGUCACAGAAAAGAACAGCAACUCCCCAAUCAUGAAAACAAGAAUUCGUUCGCUCCCUUGGCAUGGCGACUUGAGAGUUGAUAGGCCGAAUAGUCUAUAUCAUGUAAAAUCAUUGUGUUUUGAAUCUUUAUAAGAACAUCAAAACACAGGACAAGUUUCUGAUGCAACCCGCACAUGUAAUGCUUGAGUUAGAUUUUUUAGAUCGUUAGAUCUAUUAACAUGUAUAAUUCCUUUGAAUCUUUCUAGUAUCUUGAUAUGCUUAACAUAUUAAUACUGAAAUAAUAAAACAAAAAUAAAGCUACGCUUUUAAAAGAUAAAUCACAGACAUAUAUAUAUGAUAUCUACUAUUAUCUAGACUGGACAAGGAGAUCUUUUAACACUACAAAAAAAUGGCGUGAAAAUUUGUUUUUUAAGUUGAAAUGGUUGAAACAAAGUGUUGUUUUGUAAAGUAAUUUUAAGAAGUAAAGUUGUUUUUUUUUUCAACUCUAACCUGUGUGACUUAUAGAUCUGGAUCUAGUAGUUGAGCACUCUCGUCUCAUAAUUAUUAUUUUGGCAAUUUUUAGAUCCAUAAUCUAGGUAAUCAAUCUUUUUAAAUGUACAUAAGAUGACUAAAAUCAAUAGACGAGAAUUAUAUAUUUCAAUUUAGGAUUUUCGAAAUAUUAUCUCAAUGCAAACUAACAGGAAAUGGCUGUAUUUCAUUAAUUUACGUGAAUAUAUAGUUAUGUGAUUAAUAUAUGACAAACUAUAUAUAUAGGUCUGUGACUAAAUCAAUCGCUGAUAUGAAUUUGUUUCCGUUUUCCAGUCUAGAUAUAAUAUAUAUUUAUAUAUAUGUCUGUGAGAUAAAUGAUAAUGUUUAUGCACUGCAGAAUCAAAUUCCCUAACCUCUAUCAUAAGAUAGUUUGAGGAGGAAUCUUACUCUGAGUUAAAAGUUAUUUAAAAACAAUGGGAAACUUCUUUUUAUGCAUGCUACUUUACUUUUGUAAUCUUCUGUCCUAAUUUGUAUCAAAUUUAAGUGUAUUUAUUAAUAGAGUUGCUCUAGUGAAUAACAUUGUUUAAGUGAAUGCUGUAUACAUUGUUGCUGUUUUGUUUGUACAAAAGUGCAUGGAGAGUUUCCAGAUCUAGAAACCACUGCACAGUUCAUCAGUUCAUCACAUAUACAGGACUACUUGUCUGAACCCUCCAACAUGUCAUUGAGAACCAAAAAUAAGUUCUUUAAUUUGACGACAUUAUAUUCAGAUUGUUAUCCAAAGUAUAAGCUACUCCACAAGAGAAUAAACUUCCAAAACCUUGUUUGCAACAAAGGCCUACAUGUGUUUGUAGCUCUCAAAUUUGUAGUCUUAUUUUUUUAAAAUGUUUGCAUUGAUGGCAAAAAGUAAAAUUAAAAUGAACAGAAAUGUAAAAAUAUAAAAAUAAACAAAGUAAACGUUACCUUUUAUUUGUACAUUAAUUUUUGUAUUAACUAUUGAAAUGAAAACUACAAUAAAUAAACAGAUAUUAAAUAUUGCUACACUUAACAGAAAUGUAAAAAUUAAAAAAUAAACAUUGAAGUAAAUGUUA